AUGGCCGACAAUGAUCCCUACGUGUCGAUGGCGACUUAUUUUGAGUUGAGCUGGUCAAUUCUGAGUAGCAUCGGUCUGUUCGUCACGUUUGUGGGCAUUUGGGCGAUCUUCAUCACAAGACCCAGCCCAUUGACCUAUAUCCCGAUUGUUGUGUCUGUUUCCUGCGCCAUAGCGAACGGUGCUUGCUACUAUGCCUUCUACACCGACCAUGCCACCCGGAACAGAGCCGCCGCGAGCGGUAUUGCUGAUCUCUUCUGGCUUGUUCAAGAGGCCGGCCUCUCCUUCUACAGUUACCAAAUCCUGAUUCACACCCUCCGCGACACCUCACGCAGGAUAUUCCUCGCCGUAUUCUGGUUUUUCAUGGCCUCCUUACUCUCCCUCCGCAUCGCAAUCCUCGUCUUCAGGGUUCUAGAAAUCAACAGCGGUUCCAGUACCCUAAAUUCUACCGGCCCCUACCAACACCAAGUUGGCCGCCUCCAUGUCGGCUACUUUACAACCAUCGCCCUCGUCGAGACUUGGAGCUCUUUUUUCCUCAUCCGACUCUUGCACAAUGCGUACCGCGUCUCCCCGAAACUCUCUUCCACAAGACACGUCUUCCGAUUCCUUCUUCGCACGACUGAAAUUCGGGUCGCAAGCCUGUGUUUUAUUGGUAUCACUCGCGCUGUGACAUACUCCUGGCAGGUCACAUCACAAUCUGCGACCACUGUGGCUGGGCAAAUCGAUCGGUUCGCGUAUACGAUGGAAUGUCUUUUCCCGCUCGUGAUGUUAAUUGACAUCUUGGCAUCUAAAAAGUUCAGCGCCGGCACGCAGCUCGAGUCAUUCUCGGCAUUCGACCCGGCUGUCUCGCCCAUACGGUACCGGAAUAUCCAUACCCAUACUGAACCCCUCCCACCGGUUCCGCGGCACACGGCCUGGAUUUCUGCGAGGCGAGGGUACGGCUCUACGUAA